CAUACGAUCUAACUUUCUCACUCAUUAACGCAAUCUCUCCUUAGUUUUCCGCAAACCAUUACAACAAUUUUACAAUAUAUACUGAAAAUUUUCCCCACUAAUUACUAGUUAGCAUCGAGCUGUAAUAAUGGCAUCGCUUACUAAAAAAACCUUCGAAAAAGGUGAACCGCGCGCCGAAAGUCCCCAAAGUUUAGAUACUACAGUCGAUGCUAAUAAAAGCACCGACUACGUCGUCGACGAAGAUCUGCACCACCACCGCCACCGAAAAACCGCCGCCAAAGCCAUCUGGGGUGUUAACCCAGAUGGAUCCGGUUCCGCCGCCCCAGGGAUUACCACUCCUGGAUGAUAAUCUGAGGGUAAUAACAAUACACUCAGAUAAUUCGACAUUUGCAACAGGGAAUUUGGGGGACAAUUUCGAGCUGGAUAUGCUCCUGGCGCAGUUGGAAGGGAAUUCCGCCGCAGAUUUUCUUUUCGAGCCAGCUCGUAUAGUACCGACGCCCACAUUAACCGCCGAGGCCAUGCGGUCGCCUACACCACCACUACAGCUGCACCUACCACCGCCGCCACUACCAGCAGCAACACCGGCUCCUACUCCUCCGCCGGCAGAAUCCGGCCAUGAAGCGGGAAAAAAACGAUCUCACUGUCAUGACCACGCCUCUCCGAGCAGAAUCAAAAAAAAGGGGGAAAAAUUUGGUGGAUAUCAUGCAGAUGGUCGACCUGGAGGAGGGGUACCGCCCCGAAAGACCAUCAUCGCCACAACCACUACAGUCGUCACAACAAGAGGGGGGGUCGCUUCAACCAAAGACCCCUAACCACCUACAGCAGCCUAAAACAAAUGGAGCCGGUGUACCGGGCCAAGCUGCUGGAGGCGAGAAUGAAGACGGAGUUGGAGCGGCAGCUAGAGGCGGAAAAAGCAGACGAGAAGCGUCUGGAAAAGGACGAGGUGUACAUA